GUGCAAAGGGUGGAGGUGGGGAGGCAGUUGCUUGGGCUUUAUUUUGGCAGGUAGCUCUCCCCACCCCGUCCCCAGCCUUGCCUUCCUGCUGGCUGCCCGAUUCCCCUCCUCUUCCAGAAAAAAGGCCUGGAAAGCUAUGAAAAAGAGGCUGAGAAGCAGGGGUGCCCCCAAGCCCUGCCUGAAGCUCCUUUGCUGAGAGAGCGAGGUGAGGUGCUGAUAACCCAAAAGGGCCCUGGAGGGCAGCGAAGGGAGUCCAUCUUCUGUGGGGGGGGGGAGAAUAAUCCUACGUUUGCACCAUGCUCUGUGACAAGCCGGCAUCCCCUCAUUGCAAGGAAGCCCUGCUGAUCUUCCAGUCUUCCCCCUCUCCCCCAGUGGUCCCAGCCUCGCUAACCCUUGCGCAGGAGCUGUCCCAAGCGAUGCUGCGGAUGGACAUGGCCCUGGAAAGGGAGUACGCCUUUGACAUCUUUAGCAACUUGAUGCGGAAGCAACCAUCGUAUGCCUUCCAGGGCUUUGACCUGCCGCGGUCGGUGACAGUGGAGAUGCGAGCCCUUUUGGUGGACUGGCUGGUACAAGUGCAUGAGUAUCUGAAUCUGGCUGAUGAGACCCUCCACCUGGCCGUCCAUCUCAUGAACUGCUACAUGACAGCAGGCCGGGUCAGGAUCCCUCGCCUGCAGCUCCUCAGCGCCACCUGCCUCUUUCUGGCAUGCAAACUGGAGGAGCACACCUGUCCAGAGCCAGCCCAGCUGUGCUUCAUGAUGGAGAACUCCUGCAGCCGAAAGGACCUCCUGCAAAUGGAACGCAAAAUCCUAGCCCGACUCAGGUUUGAGCUGCACUACGCCAAUCCCAUCCACCUGUUACGCCUCCUGGCAGAAGUGGCCCAUUGCACCUUGGAGGUAAAGUUCUUGGCCCUCUAUUUCCUGGAAGCGUCUCUGAUGGAGGUGGACUGCCUGCGCUUUGAGCCCGCUCAGUUGUCCUUUGCAGCUUUGUCUCUGGCACACCGGCUGUCAUGGGAAGCCAGAAUCCAAGACAUGGAUGUGCUUCAGGAAUAUUUUCCAAAGUUCCACGUGUACAGUGAGGCCGAGCUGUUGGCUGUCUUCCCGUACAUGGCCAAGGCAGUUUUGCAGGGGGCCAACGCCUCCCUUCGUGCCAUCUUCCUGAAAUACUCCAGACCACAGAAGCUUUGUGUCAGCACCAACCCUGCAAUUGCUGCCUCUAAGUUCCUGAGCCGCUUCCUGGGGGAUCCCAUCCAAUGAAGGAGGAGGAUGCCGGGAUAACAUUUGAACUGGGAGUGCAGAAAGCCAAGCAUUGUCCCAGGUGUGACUCUAGGCUCAAGAGGGUGGGGGACCCCUUCUCUCCUUUUCUUCCUUCAUACAUAAAGUUUUCCCAUUUCAUCCUGGUCCAUUUGUCUAUCCCACCCUUUCUCUGUGGUCUUGAGUCUUGCACAAUCCCCCCCCCCCAAUGACUAAAAACAAAAAA